AUGGCGCUCGACACCUUCUUCCACAACAAGAUCGAGGCGAUGAAGCUCGAGAUCAUACAAGGCCAGGCAAAGCUACGACGACUCGAGGCCCAACGCAACGACUACAACUCGAGGGUGCGAUUACUGCGCGAAGAGCUGGGCCUGCUUCAGCAACCGGGGUCCUAUGUCGGCGAAGUGGUCAAGGUCAUGGGCACCAAGAAGGUGCUGGUCAAGGUGCAUCCCGAGGGCAAAUACGUCGUCGAUGUUGCCGACAGUGUCGACAUCACCAAGCUCACCGCUGGCAAACGCGUCACCUUACUCAGCGAUUCGUACAAGCUCGAAAAGCUACUCCCGUCUUCGGUCGACCCGCUUGUCUCGCUCAUGAUGGUCGAAAAGGUGCCCGACAGUACAUAUGACAUGAUUGGUGGUUUGGACCAGCAGAUCAAGGAAAUCAAGGAGGUCAUCGAGCUCGGUCUACAACAUCCCGAACUCUUCGAAUCACUCGGUAUUGCCCAACCCAAAGGUGUUUUGUUAUACGGCCCCCCUGGAACUGGAAAGACGCUGCUUGCGCGUGCUGUUGCGCAUCACGCCGACUGCAAAUUCAUUCGAGUAUCUGGUAGCGAGUUGGUCCAAAAGUACAUUGGUGAGGGUAGUCGUAUGGUCCGAGAGUUGUUCGUCAUGGCUCGAGAGCAUGCUCCUAGCAUCAUCUUCAUGGACGAAAUCGACAGUAUUGGAUCAAGUCGUGUUGAGGGAAGCUCUGGCGGUGAUUCGGAGGUGCAGCGAACUAUGUUGGAGCUGUUGAACCAGUUGGAUGGUUUUGAGCCGACUAAGAACAUCAAGAUCAUCAUGGCAACCAAUCGACUUGACAUCCUCGACCCCGCCCUGUUACGACCUGGUCGCAUUGACCGAAAGAUCGAAUUCCCACCGCCAACCGUCGAAGCGCGUGCUGAUAUUCUGCGAAUUCACUCGAGGAGCAUGAACUUGACACGUGGAAUCAAUCUCACAAAGAUUGCGGAAAAGAUGAACGGAUGCUCUGGUGCUGAGUUGAAGGGUGUGUGUACUGAGGCCGGUAUGUAUGCCCUCAGGGAGAGGAGAGUGCACGUCACACAGGAGGACUUUGACCUGGCGACGGCCAAGGUGCUGAACAAGCAUGACGACAAGGCCACCAGUCUGAGCAAGUUAUGGAAGUAG